AUUCGUUUCAGACACACGCGAUCUUCAAGAUGCCACAACCAGGCUGGGAUUACAUUAUUUUCGCUCUCCUGAUAUCCAUUAGUUUCCUGCAUCUUUCCAAGGCAGCCAGCUAUCAGAUUCAAUCCUAUGACUUGGAUACGGAUAAUGAUACAAUGAGCAACAACAUCAGUGGAGAGGAAGAACUUGAUGCGGGUGAAAUUGCAAUCACGGAGAGACCCUUCUCCUGGCUAAGGAAUGCCAACAAAAUGCUGGGUGGCACCGCUGGCCAUGUGGUCAUCCAGGUGGCCAAGGAGCUGAUACAUCGAUCUGCUGGAAAUAGUCAAGUCCUUAGUCUCAAUCUAACAAAUUUGCUGAUCAUUAUUUUACUGAAAGUCCUUAUCUUUACGGCUGGCAUGCUGGGAGCAGGACACUGGACAGGAUAUGGCAAUGGAUAUGGUCGUUCCGAUGGAGGAGGCUAUGACUUUUCCUUGGGUUUGAACCCGGGAGAUGAUUAUCUGAUAACAGGAUUUCUGGCCGCUCAAGGAACCGGCAAGGAUGAGUGCCUGCAAGCAGCAUCCUGUGCCUGUCCCAAUGCGGCUUAUGCGUAUGCAAGGGCAGGACGACAUCUGCUAGGACUAACUGAAUUAAUUCAAGGUGAGGCACCUUUGGACAAACCACGUUACUUGGAUCUCAUAGUACUUAUGGAGAAAUCCGCCCACAAUGGCUAUCGGGGUGACAACUGCAAUACCACCUACAAGUGCGAUGGAAUACUCUGA